AUGAUUGAUGAACAGUCUUCGGGGCAUCCAAAAGACAACUGUCGGCGCAAAAAGCACCAAACUCAUCUCACCAACUCAAUCACACCCAUCACAUCAGUGAGCGACGGCAGUGGCAGCUUCAUAUCAGAGUUCCCAACAAGAUCCAUCACCAUCACCUCCACCACCAUCAUCAGCCCGCACCAUGUGCCACGGUCACGGCGUCCGCGAGCGCUGCCCCUGCCUGCACCCCGAGUGCCCGCUCUCUGCCGCAUGCACCUGGCCGGGCGGCGGCCACGGGCGCUGCUUCACGACGCCCGCCUCCCUGAAGCGCUGCCUCCCCUGGAUGCAGGCGACCCUCGGCGGUGA